CUCGCGGAGGAGGAGGUGGCGGAGGAGGAGGAGGAGGAGGCGCCGCCUUCCCCGCGCCGCGCGCCCUCGCCGUUGUCUGCGCUUUGCUCUGGACCAGUUUGGGGAAGUUGACGGGGCCCUGCGUCGCCCAGAUGUGCGACCUCAUUGAGCCGCAGCCGGCCGAGAAGAUCGGCAAGAUGAAGAAGUUGCGGAGAACUUUGUCGGAGAGUUUCAGCCGCAUCGCUUUGAAGAAAGAUGACACCACCUUUGAUGAGAUAUGUGUCACAAAGAUGUCUACACGGAACUGCCAGGGAAUGGACUCAGUGAUGAAACCCCUGGACACAAUUCCUGAGGAUAAAAAAGUCAGGGUUCAGAGGACACAGAGCACUUUCGAUCCAUUUGAGAAACCAGCUAAUCAAGUAAAGAGGGUGCAUUCUGAGAACAAUGCUUGUAUUAAUUUUAAGUCCUCCUCCACGGGCAAAGAGUCCCCUAAAGUUCGGCGGCACUCAAGCCCCAGCUCGCCUACCAGUCCCAAAUUUGGAAAAGCUGACUCAUAUGAAAAACUGGAAAAACUAGGAGAAGGAUCUUAUGCUACAGUAUACAAAGGGAAAAGCAAGGUAAAUGGGAAACUGGUAGCCUUGAAGGUGAUCAGGCUGCAAGAAGAAGAAGGUACACCUUUUACAGCUAUCAGGGAAGCUUCUUUAUUAAAAGGACUAAAACAUGCUAACAUAGUGCUGCUUCAUGACAUUAUCCACACCAAGGAGACACUGACCCUUGUGUUUGAAUAUGUGCACACUGAUUUGUGUCAGUACAUGGACAAACACCCUGGAGGGCUGCAUCCAGAUAAUGUGAAGUUGUUUUUAUUUCAGUUGCUGCGAGGGCUGUCUUACAUCCACCAGCGUUAUAUUUUGCACAGAGACCUGAAACCACAGAACCUUCUGAUCAGUGACACGGGGGAGUUAAAGCUGGCAGAUUUCGGUCUUGCAAGAGCAAAGUCUGUCCCUAGCCACACAUACUCCAAUGAAGUGGUUACCUUGUGGUACAGACCUCCAGACGUUCUUUUGGGCUCAACAGAAUAUUCCACCUGCCUUGACAUGUGGGGAGUUGGCUGCAUCUUUGUUGAAAUGAUCCAAGGAGUUGCUGCUUUUCCAGGAAUGAAAGACAUCCAGGACCAACUUGAACGAAUAUUUCUGGUUCUUGGAACACCCAAUGAAGACACGUGGCCUGGAGUUCACUCUUUACCACAUUUUAAGCCAGAACGCUUUACUCUGUACAGCUCUAAAAACCUUAGACAAGCAUGGAAUAAGCUCAGCUAUGUGAACCAUGCAGAAGAUCUGGCCUCCAAGCUCCUACAGUGUUCCCCAAAGAACAGACUAUCAGCACAGGCCGCCUUGAGCCAUGAGUAUUUUAGUGACCUGCCCCCACGGCUAUGGGAACUAACUGAUAUGUCUUCUAUUUUUACUGUUCCAAAUGUAAGAUUGCAACCAGAAGCUGGAGAGAGCAUGCGGGCCUUUGGAAAAAACAAUAGUUAUGGCAAAAGUCUAUCAAAUAGCAAGCACUGAUGAGCACAGUAUUCUCGAGAGCACAGGAUUAAGUUGUCAUCAUCCUGGGAAGAAAAAAAAAAAAAAAACAUUAAUGAAGUGGCCAAUAAUACGAAGGGAAUCAUGGAUCAGUCUCCUUUCACUCCCUGUGGCGGAUUUCUCUUACAAGAAAAUUGAAGCUGGCAAGACCCUGUUUUCUCUGCAAUUUAUUUAAAACCUUGCACGCAUUUGGAUACCUUGUGAUUUCCAAGAACUAUGUGAAGAUUAAGCUUUGCUUACUGAUACAUGGCAUGUAUUCUUUUCAGUCUUUUGUGUUUGAUUUUGUUUGAUUUCCCUCUGCAGCACAGCGUCUCUGUAAAGAUUUUUAUGCUUUCACCAGCCAUGUCUUAAAUACAUUAAGACAACACAUUUGGUGUUCACACUUCCUCAGUAAUGUCUGUACUUGAAAGCCGCAUAGUGGCAUAAAGCAACGUGUAUUUUCUUUGAGAGCAGUGCACAUUUUGCCACUACCAGGGAGGAAAUUUUCAGCUAAAGCAAACCCAUGUUCUCUCUCUUACUUGACAACUUGGUCCCUGGCUGUGGGACCCCACUUGUCACUUACUUUUGAGGACAUUUACAAAUGUGUGUGUGUGUGUGUGUUUUCUUGAAAUAACUGCACAUUUAUAUAGGAUAUCAGACUCUGCUUAGCAUUUUCAAGCCACAGAGCAUGACUGUUUGCCAAGUAGGUUGGAAGUGAAGAAGCAAGCAUCAGGCAUUGAGAACAAAGACAGGGAUAAAUUGCUUACAUUCAACCUCUAGAAACUGAGGUAACUUUUUAUAUGUUUUUGGGGUCUUGUCAACAUCUUAUUUUUUCCAUUCACUCUGUUGUACUUUGUGAGUAUUUUCUCAGUGGAAAAAAGAAUGAGGAACCGAAGGUUUGAAACUUGGAUGCAAAAGAUUGUUUCUGCCGGAUGAGCCCUGAACACCAUCUUUCUAGUUAAGAUUUUAAAAGCAAAUUAUAAAGUUAUCAAGAGUUAAAAUUUGUUCAUUUAUGCCAAAGCAAUUAGAAAUUCCAUUUUUUUUAAACAUUCCAAGUGGAUUGGAAGCCAUCCUUGGGGGCCACAGACAGUCCUGGAAUAACUGAUCGAAUGCAGGUUUUAAAGACAAGGCAGGAGUCUUGCUUUAGAGGUGGAAAAGGGGAAAUGAAAGUCUCUGCUUCUCUUGUGUCAGGAGUUGAGGGAACUUGAAGGAUGAAGGUGAGUAUGUGACGACGAGGGAAUAGGAUCAGGCACACAUUAUGUGUGACCCAGAGGAGAAUUGGCUGCUUGCUGCAGGCCAUCGAAUGGAGCACACCUCGCUCCAGAAUCCCAAGUACCGCUGAGGCCAUGGGGACAGGUAGGAAAUGCAUCUAACCCUGAAACUAGCCCUGGGGACUCAAAUUCCAAGGGAGACACCUUCGUGUACAUCAUUUCACAUUUUCUCAUUAGUCAGAAAGGAGAGACUAAGAGCUUAAAAUGCAUGGCACUUUUAGGAUCAAGGCUAGGAAUUAUGAGCCAGUUUCAUGAAGACUUUCUCCCGGGGCCAGGUGUAGGGAAAGCUUUUCUGUAGUCAACCCCAGUGUAGCUAGGUAAUUGGACCCCGAAUUCGUAAACAUUACAAUGGUCCCUUCUCUGGAGCGGGGUGUGAGAUGGGUGUCAGUCACAACCCACCCUGUUCAGAAGUAGCACUCCCUGUAUGCUUCAACUGAGGAACUGUUGACUUUCAAGAACAAAAGUUACAACACUAGAAUGUUUACUCUUUGCUACCUAGAAAUCUUCCUCAUUCUUCUUUCAUACAUUCCAACCUAGCAGAAGUCUCUAGGGGUAUUUUGACUUAACAUGUACUUAAAUUAAUACUUCUUGAAUAGAGAAAACUUUACAAGCAAUCGAACACAGUCGUUCUUCUGAUUUGUUUCAAAUUAUUAGGGGAGAGCCAUAACUUCUGUAUUGUAUGAAAUUUAAACCAAGAGCAACCAAUGACUAAAUCUUGCUAUUAAUAAAUUUUCUGGCUUGAAAAUUUGAAGGUACUUAAUGUAAGAAGACUUAAAUUAGGAAUAUUAAUAUCUUUGAGAAUACAUGCACCAUCACAGGCAGCUUCUCUUGGGAUAUGAAACCCCAUAUCCCAAGAUCUGUCUUAGCACAGAGACAGGCAUCUCAGAAACUUGGGGGGG